AUGUCUGAAGGCUAUGAGUUCCACGGAUGUGAUUUGGCUCCGGGAAACAUUAACUCAAACUCUAUUUACAGUCAAGCUGAUCAGUCUCAGGGAACAAUGGAUGACUCAAUGUCCAUUGACUUUCAAAUCUCUCCAUCUUUGACUCAGCGGGAGUCAAAUCCAAUUUUCAGUCAAUCUGAGUCAUCUGCUCAGAAAUCAACUGUGUCACCUCAGACUCAGACGCCAACUGAUACAUCAAUGGCCCCAGUCAAUCCGUUCAAGUCCAAGGACAAGAGAAAGAUUUUGAGGGGCUUGAUGCCCAGGAAAAAGACCAGUAAAGCUGUUGUGAUCCCAAAUAAUCAGGAAGCUGAUCAGCAACUUAUUCCACCCCCAAUUACUUAUCAGAGAAAUGACAAAAUGACUUCUAGAGGAGGUAUUGAAGAAAAGGAACCCUGCAUCAAACAAUGA